AUGCGUGAUUAUAAACAUUCGAAUAUUGUUGAAAUGUAUGGUUCAUAUUUAGUUGAUAAUGAAUUAUGGGUUGUAAUGGAAUAUCUUGAUGGUGGUGCAUUAACUGAUUUACUUGUAACAUCUACAGGUGAAACACGAAUGAAUGAACAACAGAUAGCAACUGUUUGUAAAUCAGUACUUAAAGCACUUGCUUAUCUUCAUUCCAAUGGUGUUAUACAUCGAGAUAUAAAAAGUGAUUCAAUAUUACUUUCAACAGAUGGUUUUGUUAAAUUAAGUGAUUUUGGUUUUUGUGCACAAGUUAUGAAUGAAAAAAAAGCACAAACAAUCAAGAGAAAAUCAUUAGUUGGAACACCGUAUUGGAUGAGUCCAGAAGUUAUUUCAAGAACACCAUAUUCAACUGAAGUUGAUAUUUGGUCACUAGGUAUUAUGGUAAUGGAAAUGGUCGAUGGUGAACCACCUUAUUUCAAUGAACAACCAUUAACUGCUAUGCGAAAAAUUCGUGAUCAACCUCCACCAAAAUUAAAAAAUCCUCAUAAAGCUUCAUCACUUUUACAAGGAUUUCUUGGUCGAUGUUUAAUACGUGAUCCAUCUCAACGAGCAACAGCAAUUGAUUUACUUGAUCAUCCAUUUCUUCGUCAUGCUGGUAAUCCAUCAUGUUUGCAAACACUUUUACCACAACAAACACUAGCUAAAGGCAAUUUCCAUAUGUCAUGA